AAAACAAUUAACUUGAAAUAUUUGAAUUUUAAUUACGCUUUAUUUAUAAGUUUUUUUUUGUGCACACAGUAGCAUUUUUGAAAGAUGUCAGUUAAAUUUUUUAGGCAUUACAGUAUGACUAAAUUUCAUGGUUUUUAGAACCUAUAAAAAAUGAACAAUAGUUGCUUUGAUGAUGGUGGUCAGUUUUUCACUGAAUUAAAUAAAAGUUUAGGUAUUGUAUUAACCGAAGGAAAUGACAUUCAAAACGUAAAUGAACGAGAACUUAAGCGCGAAAAUGAACGAGACGCAAGAAUUGAAAAUGAGUGUGAGCUAUUUUUGUACGAAGGUCAAUCGCAUGGUGUAUCUGCUUUAUAUAAUAAUAGCAACGAUCAAAUACCUUCAUCAACUUGCUGUCCAGAAAAUAGUGGAAACACUCUCAUUCAAGACUGUAGUUGUAAUGAAAUAUUAAUAAAUAAACCUUGUUUCCCCAAUUUUAACAAUUUAGCUUUUUCUGAAGAAGUUAAUGCAAAUCUUGAUCCCGUUAAAACAGAAUUGACUGAAAUAAAAAAAUCCGAAGAAGUCCAAACGCUAUCUAAUUCAAAACCAACUUACGUUGAACUUGUUACAAAUGUUGAUUAUCUUAGUACUUCUGAGAGUUACUGUAGAAAACAGCUACCUACGUAUUUAAGUUUAUCGAGUGAGUUUUUGUUUGACGAACCUCCCAGAUACGAGUUAGUUACCGGGAAGCAACUGAAAAGCCAACUAGAAUUCUUGCCGUCGACGUCAUCAGCGACAUCUAUACGACAACAAACCCAGCAAAGUCGGAAGAGAAAAUUGAGCAUCAUUAUUAUGUCUGACCCUGACCACUACCUGACUGUUUCAAUAUAUCUUUCACAAAUAUUUGUAGUCUUCGAAAUCUCAGUAUUUAUGGCUACUAUCUUUUGAUUCGCAAAGACUCCAAUAGUCACAUGUUUGCAUUGGGAGUAUACUAACGCAUCAACUCACCUAUUGGUCAAGAAAUCAGUUAUGAAUCCUCAUAUAAUUCUUCUAUGUGCUUCUGCACUCCUCAAACCUUUCUCUUUGUUCUCAUUAUCCUUCUCAAGACUGUACACUUUUAAAUGUAAAUUAUGGGCAAAUUAAACACUUACCUUCACUCCUUGAUUUGUGUUUUGUCUCUGACACUAGUUCGGGCUCAGUUUCUCUUUUUUCUAUUUUAGGUGGUUCCAACCAUGCAAUAAUCUCAAUUUAUUCUUUUAUCUUGUAUUUUCUGUACUUCUUCUUUGUAACUUUCACCUAGUAGCUUUUGUACUUUUUUUUUGGACUUACCAUAUCAUCGCACUACUUACUACUACCCUAAAGGUGACUGAUAUACUUUUCGUGAUUUUCUUUGUUUCUUUUCUUGGGCUGAUGUAUUUUGUCUCUUUGAUGAAAAUUGUACUUUCAACGUAAUCUCCUGAAUCCAGACAGGCAUGGAAACUUUUGUUCCUUUUUGCGGGUUUUAAGUCAGGCCUCAUUCUUGGUUUCAAUGGUUUUUAGCCCUGGUGGCUUAUCUACGGUAUUAGGCUCUACAGACUUUUGAAAAAAAAAUCUAUUUCAUAGCUUUAAGGUAAGUCAAACAUUACAUCUCUAAUUCAUGGGUAUUAUUUUAUUACCUAUCUCAAAGAAAAGACAGAACUAUUUGCAAAUAACAUUUCGUCCUAUUAAACUCUUGAAUCUAAUGACUACAUGUAUACUGAAAUUCUAUUUAAACAGGUUAACCCAUUGUUAGACAUCCAAAUCACUUGAGCUUCCGUUAUUAAAGUCAUUUCUUAAUUGACUCUACUAAGGCUUUUGGUCCAGACAACAUUCCUGUUAUAGUCUUAAAGAGGGGCUCUUGAAAACUACCUUUAAUUCUCUUUAAACUGUUUAAUAAGUACUUGCUGAAUAUUGUUUUCCUGCCUGUUGGAAAAUGACUCCUGUGGUUCCUGAUUUUAAAAAGUGACUCUUUAUAAAGACUCCUCUUUACGACUUUUUUGUUUGU